UUCCAGUUUAGGUUUGUGGGACUGCAGAAUUACUCCUGUACCAAUGAAAGUCUGUGUGAAGUUCUGGCCACAGAUUUCCCCUUUGAGGUAGAUGGACUCCUUUUCUACCACAGACAGGCUCACUACAACCCCGGGAGUACCCCGCUUGUGGGGUGGCUCCGACCCUACAUGGUGUCGGACAUCCUCGGGAUAUCGGUGCCGGCCGGCCCAUUGACCUCCAAACCAGAGUACGCCGUGCAUCAGCUGCGGCAAAUUAUUGACCACAAGAGGAGUAAAAAACAGACUCCAAAGGACGAUUCCUCAGACGCUGACGUGGCCGGUGCUGACGGGCGUUACGAGUUGGAGCACCUGUCCACGCUGAAGCUAGAAGGGUCUCCCUUCGUCUCGGGAGACCCGGCAAGUCGGAUGGAAAACUGACAACGGGACACAGGGGUGUAUUCUCAAGGGCCUCUUGGUAGAUCCAGACGGCGUCUCCGCUGUUGCCCAUGGAGGUUUGAAGGAAUACAAAAAAAAAUAAGACACUGUUCCAACUCAUUUUCACCGAUGUGGCUUACUGCUCAGUCAGGACUCGAGCUGGUGUUUUAAUUGCCAACGUCUGCGUGUGUGUGUUAGCAAAGCGUCACAGUAUUUCCGAGCUCUGCCUAGCCUCUGCUCCCCGCCCUAUGAAUUGUACGUGUGAGUCUGAAAUGUAAAGACCUCCACGUUUUCGGUUUCACAGGAAAGCCGAUUCCGGGUUCUGGACUUUUUAAGCAAGGUGUUUGUAAAGAGGAUUUCUGCGUGGUUACCCACAUUUCGUCGACCUAGCUUCUUCAUGUUACAGUCGACCACGCCAACAACCCCCCAACACAUAAUGUUUUAUCUUGAGGCCUCGAUUAAGACCUCUGCCUUUUGUUUCUCCCAUGUGUUCGAUCGGACGCCUCCGUACGUUGAAAAGAUGUUUUUCUAAUGUACAGGUUUUUGUUUUGCCGAAUAAAGUGCCACGUGGGAUUUUU